AUGGGUUCCCCCAUAAGUCAGCCCUCUCUCUCUCUCUCUCAUCUCUGUCCCUUCUUGCUGGGUUGGCUGUAUAGAUAUAUCUUGAACUUAUUGCUUGCUUGCUUGCUUGCUGCUGCAUCAAUGGAGUCUAACAUUGGAGGAGACCCAAUGGAUUCUUCUGUAAAGAGUAAUGCUGCAGGAGGUGAAGCUAAUGAAGUUGAAGCUGUGGAUCUCUUAGAGGAGGCUUGGUUCUUUGGCAGCUUGCUCCACAAGAACAGAAAACACAUGACCAGAUGUCUCUCUGAUCCUUGCCCUUCUUCCUCGGACUACCGCUCAGGUAGUACCUCGGAACUGAAGAUGAAGCCCGAGAAGGAGUCAUCCAGGGAGGUUCCGCUCCAUGUCUCCGGCAAAACGUGCCCUCCCGUAGAAAAGAAUCUUGACGGAAGAGAAUCCUCAUCCAAGAAGGUUGUUCCAGAUUGCUCCUCUUCUUCUUCUUCUUCUUCCUCUUCCUCUUCUUGUGAUGACGAUCAAAGUGGUCAUCCUCAUUCGCCGUCUUCGGCUGAGAAAACGACUCUCGAGGUCUGGAACGAAGCAGUUCGAGGGAAAGGUUGUGAUGGAAACGAGAGCGAGUCGAGGAGGAGAUCUCCACGUCCCGUUCUUCACAAGGCACCAUCUCUACCGCCUUGUAUCGGGAGGGAAGAGGUUGGGAUUGAUGAAAGAUCACUGCCAAACUCUCAUCCUAGAAUGAGCAAAUCCAACAGGCAGGCCUCUCUCAACCUCUCCGAAUUCUUGCCACCCCGACAUGGUUCGAAGGGGUUGCCGAAUUAUAAAUCUCAAAUAAGUAGCGAAGAGGACAUGAGGCGGCGGCUUCUCGGUCGAACAAAGUCAAUAAAGAGCAGGGGUGAGCUCGAGUUUGAAGAGCUGCAGGGCUUCAAAGACUUAGGCUUUACAUUCGACAAGAAAGACUUGAGCCCGAAUAUCGUAAACAUACUUCCUGGACUACAAGAGAAGAAAGAUCCUGCCAACGAAGAAGAAGAAAAGGAAGGAAAGCACAGGCAGCCCUAUCUCUCCGAGGCAUGGCUUUCUCAGAGCUUCACCCCUCCGAUCCCGAAAUGGACUCCCAAGGGAUUGCCCAAAGAAGAUGUGAAAGCCCACAUCAAGUUCUGGGCACGAGCCGUGGCAUCGAAUGUUGGGCAAGAAUGUUGAAAAAUCAUACCCGGAGACUAACUGACAGCAGAACUUGAUAACGUGUCCGGAGAAAAAAGAUACUGAAAGUUUUUUUAUUACAUUUUAAUCUAUGCUAGAGCUCCUCGGUGUUCCUAGAGAUUCAAAUGAUAAUAUUCUUUUGGCCAGUCAUUGUUCUUCUCUAAAAGAUUGAUUUUGAA